AAAAUUAGGUGACAUACCAUCUAGUCGAUAUCUGCCUAGUCGAACGGAACUUGAAAAUCAGCUUGCUUGUGCAAAUCGAGAUCGAGAAAUUGCUAUAGAGUGUGGCAAUCGACUUUUUAAUAAAUGCUCUGUCUUGGAUAAAGACAAUAAGUGUAUACAACGUGAUCUAAAACAAUCCAAUAAAGAUAAAGAGAAACUCUCCAAGCAUGCUUUCUAG